AUAGGUGAAAGCGUUCGACAUCCGGUCAUAAUCUUGCUCGCUGUACGUAGCUGGAUUGCACAUGUGCGUAUUUUAUGUUAAAGCCACAAACAUCGGCUAUUGAAGAAAACAGUAGGUGUUAAUGGUUCAACAAAGGAGAAACUUGAGGAUAGUUACUCGGUAAAUCUGCGGACAAACCAUUUAAGGAUUAAUGGACGUUUCUCUGGAGCAGCUACCCUUCUUCUGAGUGCAUCUGGACAUAUUUCUAACUAUUUUAAUAUGUGGGUAUUCAGCAUUGCACAUCAGCACACGAUGCUACUUGUUUGGGCUAAAAGAUUGCACAAACCUACAUUAAUCUCAAGAGUGAGCUUUUACCAUGUCUCAGCUGCCCUGCUGCGACCAGAGGACAGCAGCAGCAACCAAGUGGUAAAGAGACGACGCAGAGUUUCAGUAAAUGCCUCUGGUGUCCAACUCAAGCCUGAUGCAUCUGAUGGAUGGCAGAAACACAAAAGAGCAGUGACACAGAAGCCAAUUCAGAGGAGUUGGGUUGACAGCAGAAUGUCAUCUGAACUCAAGAGGCUGAGUUUGGAGGAUUUCCCUGCAGAUACAAAGGAAUGGCUGGUGGGAGAGAAGAAGAAUAGUCUGGUGGGACAGAAGAAGAAUAGUCUGGUGGGACAGAAGAAGAAUAGUCUGGUGGGACAGAAGACGAGGUCAACACCAGACUCCAAAGCAGAAAAGUAUGAGGUUGUUUUUGGCAUCGCUCCCUGUGUCUUGGCUCUCACUCAGGGUAGAAGGAAUGCCCGUAAACUGUUUGUAAAAGAUGGCGAGGCCUCUCACAGGGCGUCUGUGUUAAAUGUGUGCGAGGAGGCUCAUCAGCGAGGAGUACAAAUCCAGCGGGUCAGUAAAAACGAUCUGGACAAGAUGUCUUCUGGGAGAGUACAUCAAGGAGUGUGUCUGCAAGCAAGUCCUCUGGGCUAUCUCACCGAAGACAGAGACUCUGCACCCAAGAGGGAAGACACUCCUCUCUGGCUCGUCCUGGAGAGAAUUCAAGACCCAAUGAAUCUCGGCGCCAUCCUGCGCUCGGCUUAUUUCCUCGGCGUGGACAGAGUCGUCAGCAGUCUUCACGACAGCUGCCCGUUGUCUCCAGUGGUCAGCAAAGCCAGCUCAGGCGUCAUGGAGGUGAUUGGCGUGUACGGAUAUGAAAACCUCGAAGACAUGCUGAAGAUGAAGGUGGCGCAGGGCUGGCAGGUGGUCGGCACAGUAGGGGCUGAAGCGGAGGAGUCCCAGAUUCCUGUCACCCAGUGUGCAGACUUUCAGAUAACUAAACCCACAUUGUUGUUGAUGGGGGGUGAGGGGGAGGGAUUGUCCCAGCAGUUGCUCUCCCUGUGCCAAACCCUUCUCACCAUCCCCGCCGGCAGAAAGAUGUUCCCCGGUAUUGAGUCUCUCAACGUCUCCGUAGCUUCAGGCAUUCUGCUGUACUCUCUACUGUCCUCCAGGAGGUCCACCAGAUGACAACCACCUUAAAUGUCUGCCUGUACUGUUUACAAGAUCUAAGGGAGCAAAGAUCUUGACAUGUAUGGACAACAUAUUUACAUGUUGAUGUAUUUAAAAUUGAACAUUUCACUGCAAUCUUCAGCAAUGCCUUUAUUGGGCAAGGAUUACGUUCUAUAUUUUCUUCUGUCUACAAAUUCCAACACUGAAUGUAUCUACUUACAAGUACUGUUUGUGUAUUAAAGCUUGAUAUAUCUUCUCCCUCUGUGCCAUAGAGCUUCAUUGUUUUCCAAAAACUAUUAAAAACACAUCAAUGAG